GUUUUGUGCUGUGUAAACAGCAGAAGCUACGACAUGGUUAAGAAAUUACUUGUUGGACGGCUGCAUCGAAUUUAAGAGAGGUGUUGGCUGAAUUUGAUGAGGUACAGCGAGAGCCGGGUGAAGAAACAGGGGGCGAAGAAAGCCCCGUGCUUUGGUGCGGCUGCCCAAAGAGAAGAUGCCUCCUUCAGUAGAAGCAGAGGGUGGUGGUGCUCUCUGAGCUUCCUGGCAUGGAUCUGAACGAGGAUUACAAGUCACCCUUUGAUUUCAAUACAGGAGUGGACAGAAACUACCUUUACCUGUCACCUGGCAUAAACCUGACUCCACCUGAGUCACCUACGCUGACCAAGUCUGGGCUGCUGAGAACUGAUUCUAUACCUGAGGUUGGAGAGGAUGCUGCUGCUACAGUUGGCAUGUCAGAAACUCUCUCUGAAGAAGAACAGAAUGAGCUGAGAAAGGAGCUUGCCAAGGUGGAAGAGGAAAUCCAAACACUCUCACAAGUGCUUGCUGCCAAAGAGAAGCAUCUAGCAGAAAUCAAGAGAAAGCUGGGAAUUAACUCAUUACAGGAACUAAAGCAGAAUAUCACCAAAAGCUGGCAAGAUGUUACAUCAACUGCAGCAUACAAGAAAACAUCAGAAACCCUGUCUCAGGCAGGUCAGAAGGCUUCUGCUGCAUUUUCCUCUGUUGGUUCAGUCAUAACGAAGAAGUUUGAAGAUGUCAAACUACAGGCAUUUUCACAUUCCUUUAGUAUACGCUCCAUACAACAUUCAAUUAGCAUGCCUAUUAUGAGAAAUUCUCCUACUUUCAAAUCUUUUGAGGAAAAAGUUGAAACCUUAAAGUCUAAAGUUGGAGGAAGCAAACCUGCCAGCGGAGACUUUGGAGAAGUUCUGAACUCAGCUGCCAAUGCCAGUGCCACAGAAACGAUUGCAGAAGAGACACAGGAGGAGACCCACUGAGAUUCCUGCCUCUAUCCUGCUCCCCACUGCCAGUUGCUGCAAGCAAGAACCAAGCACACUUGUAACAUUCUUUGUGCUCUUUCCACCAGAUGUGCUUUUAUUUAGCACGUAGUUGUUUUACCAGAUUAACUGAUAACAAGCUUGUUGUGGGUUCAGAUUAUUUUUGAAACUAAAAUAUGUUGGUUGUUUGGGGUUUUGUGUGGGGAGGGGAAUUUUUAUGCCUUUCAAGCAUUUAAAGGACUUAUCCCUUAUUUGAAGGCAACCUUAAAAAAUAUAGCAAUGAAAAACUAUUUGAAGAAGUUAAUUAUACUGUACAUACAUGUGGAUACAUAAUUCUUUCUGAAUCUGUAACUACUGUUCAAUUUAGCCAUUUUGAAUCUAUGCUGCUGCCAAACUGAACCUUGCUACUUCACACCCUUGUCAUUAUUUCAGUUAAGUGUUGCCUCCAUGGGACACCGGACUUAGAGGGGCACUCCCAGCUUAAAGAAAGGCCUUCAGCAGGCUUAAGAUUUGUCCGUGAGUUAUCCAACUAGGAAGGCUCUGACUAUUAGAAGCAAGUUGCCUAUUAGUGCUGGUUUAGUUCAGCUAUGAUGAUGCUGUCAACAUUGCAUUUUGUCCUAAAUAAUGGGGAAGAUGUACUGUUCUGAACUUUUGAUCAGUUGUGAAUCAUCUUAAUUCACAGAGUGGUCUCCCAUUUAUACCUACAAAAAUGUGAGGAUGAGCUUGGGGUGAAAGUUGUUCUGUUAGGCAUCAAAUUGUUUUCACGUGCUAAUGUUGUUUUCCCUGUAGCCCAGCCAUUGAUAAAAUCUGUUUGUUUGUUUGUUUUUCUGUAGCUGUGAAGGACCUGUAGCGUCCUGCUCUUGUUAACACCUAAAAGCAGUGCCCAGUGUUGUGCUGCAGCACAGCCCUCCUUCCAGGGCUGCUCUCCUGCCUGUUGCUUUAUGCCCUUGUUCUCUUCAGAUUCUGUUUUCUGUUUCUGACACAAGAUGUGGGUAAGAUCACAAUUAUUGGCGAAUGUUUUUAUCGCCACACUUAGAACUGGAACCAAGCUUUGAAACGGUGGUGUGUGAUCUGUGCUCCUUCAACUGCUGCAGAUGUAUAGAAGAAAAAAGGUUCCCCACGCCUUUAUUAGCACGUCAGCUGCAGUGUAUAUAUGCUCAAUUACAUGUCCGAAAUUCAAUAAAACCAAUGUGUGAGCCA